CUAUGUAACUGUGAAUAUUUUGUAUGUUAUUAUCGUUAAAGAAUUGUGCGGUUAUGGACGUAUCUACACCGGAAGUCGAACGUUUGUCUUUUGCGGUGAUUAAACGGCUCAGGGGGUAAAAUGGCGCAAUGAAAAAGUACGACGUAGACAAAGAUGACUCAAAACACUGAUGAUUCUUUCCAAACACAACUUCUGGACUGAGUUAACAACACAUCAUUUUGAAACAUAAGCUGUAGCAAGAAAACAAAGUAAAACACGAUUAAACCUGCAGUAGUUGCUGGUGGUUGUUUUUUGGACUACAGGACUGCAGCAGACGCGGUUUAGGAGUCGAAAUGUGCAGAUUCUGAAGUCCAGCGUCUCACAAAAGGAGUUUGCACCAUGAAUACGACUUUAUACACAACAUGGAAAUGCACCACAGAGUCACUGUUUGUCUGAUUAUUUUUGUGAUUGAGGUGACCACACGUCCCACCUGUCGCCAAAAUGAAUAUAUGAUCGGAGAGAAGUGUUGUCCCAUGUGUCCAGUCGGAUCUCGAGUGGAUAAACACUGUACAGAGUUUCGCAGCACGACGUGUCUCCUGUGUGACAAUGGGACGUACAUGGACGAGCCCACAGCGAGGACAGAGUGUUUCCACUGUAGAACCUGUGAUUCAGGUUCUGGUCUCAGAGUGAAGGUUCCAUGUUCCUCCUGGUCUGACACUGUGUGUGAACCUGAGGACAGGUUCUUCUGUGUGAAGUCGUCAGACGAGGGAAACUGUGAAGCGACUCAGAAACACUCGCUCUGUUCACCUGGAGAAUUUAUCCAACAACCAGGGAGUUCUUCUGCAGACACAGUUUGUUCUCCGUGUCCUCAGGGCUCCUUCUCAGGUGGGACUCUGUCGUCCUGUCAGCCACACACACGGUGUGAGAAGGACAAAGUCACAGUGAAAGAAGGAACCUCACAGUCGGACGCUAAAUUUGCAGAAAUAAGCUCAGUUAGAUUAGGCGCUGUGAUCAGUGUCUCUCUGUUUGUACUCUGUUUGAUACUCUCAUUGGCUUUACUUCUUUACAAGAAAAUAAGACAAGGGCAAGAACAAGGACAAGUACAAGAUUUAAAUUUGAUUAGGUUUGAGCCCCUACAGGAAGUACAAACUAACGGUCUCACAAAUGGUUUCUCAGUCGCCUCUGUUAACAGCAGUAUCCUAGCAACCCCUGCUGAAGUCAUGGAACAUGUGGAACAUACAUUUUCAUUGUAGUGAUAAGUGUUCCUGUCCCCCAAACACACUCCUGACAUCAAGCUGUGUCCAAGCCCCCACGCCGAAGGCCUGGGCCAUAUUUAUAACUGCAAAAUGAAUGGAAGUCAGUGAGUCAAAGUCACUGGUCUAGUCUGCACUGGUGUUCUGUAGUUCCAUCAGUACGUGUCAUUCUAGUGUUUCUCUUUUUGAACUUUAAACAUAGUGAGUGUGUUUACAUGUGCUUGAGUAUGCGGAAUAUGAUCGGGCUUGUUCAGUCUCCUGGUUUUGUGAGUAUCUAUGUUCAACACAGUCUCCUGAUAAACCAGUGUCUCUGUGAUGAGAAACCAGGUUUUUGUGAGAGGAUCAGGACACUGUGUCUGAUUUAUCAACACUGGAGCUGCACUGAGCAUCUGCCAACUCAAGUAACAGAAAUGACAGGAGCAGCAACUUUCCCAAAAUGACUCAAACUUCUCCCAGAACUUUUAAAGUAAUAAUAUUUUAUACUUCUGAAGAAAAUAAGGCUAUUUCUUGUUUAAUAGAACCACAUUUUAACUUCAGGCUCAGCUCUGUGUCUGUGCUGCUAAACUGACGCUGUGAGACUCAGUGUUGUGUUAAAAACUCCUUUUACACAGCUCCACAGUCUUAUGCUCUUACUUGAAUGUUUGUUUUCUUUUUCUUUUUAGAAACCUGUUAAAUAGCCUUAAGUUUGCUCCUUGUCAUAUCUGUGCCAUAGUUACCAUAGCAACCACUCUUAAGUAUCCAGGAUACUCUGAUUCCUCAUGUGCACAGGGACAUGAGUGUCCUGGUUUCUCUGAGCACGUCCAGAAUACUGUCAUAACCAGGAUCCUCGUGCACAUGUAAACACACUCACUGUUUGUUCUGUGUGUGUGUGUGUGUGUGUGUAUGUGUGUGUGUGUGUAUGUGUGUGUGUGUGUGUGUGUGUGUGUGUGUGUGUGUGUGUGUGUGUGUGUGU